AUGGGUAAACAGCUGAGUCUCUGCAUGCCCAAUAGUGACAUGCGUUGGACUAACAUCACAACACCGUUCGAGUCAUGGGACACCUCAAAGCUAAUGUAUUCCAAGAGAGACGAGAGGUUCUACAUGCUUGCUCCAGGAGGCAAGUACUUAUGCUCAUGGGAUCUAAACUUCAAGAAAGAUAAAAAGCCUAAGUUCCACGAGCUGUUGCUGCACGAUGACAUUCCCGGAAAGAUGACAAUUGUCAAAUGCUACUCCGAAUACACCACUGAAGGCGUCAAGCCACCGACGGUGAUGGUGUUUAGAGAGGAGGAGACGAUAUGUGGGAAGAAAAACAUGCGUCACACGAAGGACAUUGGAGAUCUAUGCAUUUUCAUUUCAAAGGGAGAGGAUUUCUGCGUUGAGGCCAGCUCUUGCAACCUCGAGCCUAACUCCGUCUUUGUCCAUGGCCGUUUGUUUGGUACGUUUAAUCUCACUGAGAGAUCAUUCGCUCGCUAUGAGUAUCCAGAAGGUACACCAGACAUGAUUCCACACUCACCCUACUGGCUUCCUCCUUAUUCUAGCUAG